UGUCAGACUUCGGCCUGAACGCGCCAAAGUAGGUGGAUGCGGAUUAAUCAGCUCUUUCUUUUGUUUUUUCAAUAUCUCAGACAUUUCCGACUGGAAACCACAAACAAACACAAGAUUCAAGCAAAAAAAGAAGAAGAAAAAACGCGCAUUUUGGAGCUCUGAUCUCUUUUCAUACUAAAUGCAUGAGGAGAAAGAGAUGGGGAUUUUUGAAGCUGCACCUGCGCACCUGCGAUCUCGAAGUUAUCCCGGUGGAAGAAGUGGAUAGUUUUGCGAAGUAGCUCGCCCUCUUUUCCCUUCCCCGCCUGCAGCCGAGCCAUGCAGGUCAACAACAGCAGCUCCUCUGGAGCUCUGACAGGGCUGUGCGGAGGGGAAGAGGAUGAGCGCAAAAUCUCCGAACUGGUCAGCCCUACGGGAGCAGCCUCCUCUUUUAACCUCUCGUUAAACUGCUGGCUUCACAUACUCUCUCAGGAGUCCUCGUUGGAUCUGCACGGAGACAGCGCCAAUCUGGCAGUACGAGUUGUCAUUGCCCUGGUUUAUCUGGUUGUAUGUGUUCUGGGGCUCGUGGGUAACCUCCUGGCACUCUUCUUGCUUCACUCCCGUCGCCGUGGAUACCACCACUCCUCCAUUGACUGCUUUGUGAUGAGCUUGGCUCUCACAGACCUCCAGUUCGUCCUCACCUUGCCCUUCUGGGCCGUGGACACGCUGCUGGACUUCCGCUGGCCCUUUGGGCAGAUCAUGUGCAAGAUCGUGAGCUCGGUCACCACCAUGAACAUGUACGCCAGUGUCUUCUUUCUCACCGCCAUGAGCGUGACACGCUACCGCUCCCUGGUUACUGCUCUGAAGAUGGAGAGCCCAAGGAGCGCCACCACUCGGGCCAAGUGGGCCAGCUCAGCCAUUUGGGUGGUGUCUCUGGUGGCCACACUGCCUCAUGCUUUCUACUCCACCACUGUCCAGGUUUCUGCAGAUGACGAGCUCUGCUUGGUUCGCUUCUCUGACUCCGACUCCGGUCACUGGGACCCCCAAGUCCUGCUAGGACUCUAUCAAACACAGAAGGUCCUUCUGGGUUUUGUGGUUCCCCUUAUUAUCAUCUCUGUGUGCUAUCUCCUCCUGCUGAGGUUUAUCCUGAGCCGGCGCAUUGUGUGCAGCAUGGUAACCGGGAGUGCCACCGAGAAAUCUGAGUGUGAGAGAGGCCGCCACCGCCGCCGAUCCAAAGUGACCCGCUCCGUCACUAUCGUAGUUCUCUCCUUUUUCAUCUGCUGGCUGCCCAACCAGGCCCUCACCUUGUGGGGGGUGCUGAUCAAAUUUGACUUGGUGCCCUUCAGCAAAGCCUUCUACAACACCCAGGCCUAUGCGUUCCCCCUGACUGUGUGCCUGGCUCAUGCUAACAGCUGUCUGAACCCAGUCCUUUACUGCCUGAUCAGAAAAGAGUACAGAACUGGCCUAAAGGAGCUUCUCCUGAGAAUUUCUCAUGCAGUGCAGCAUGUUUUCUCUCUGUCCCUGAGGGGAAGGAGAGUGGAGGAAGCACCGCCCAGCAUGGUUAUGAUACAUAAAGACAUUAAUAUGUGAUUUAUUCAGAGCAAGAGAAUAGCCUGACAUUUUUGGAAACACAGUUAAAUGUAUUUUUAUUGUGUGUGCUUCAGGGGUGCUGGAAGGUGAAUUUGGUCACUUUCUGUGCUAAACCAGUCUAGCUGUUUCCAUCUCUCCCCAGUCUUUGUGCUAAGCUAGGCUAAACGGCCGCUGAUUGUAGUCUCAUAAAUAGAACGCACAUCAUCUAAAUGUUAGCAAGAAAGCCACUACGAAUAUUCUGCCAAAUGUUGAAUGUUUGCUUUGUAAUUCAACUCUGUAUGCCAUAUUUCUUUGGUGUCGUGCGUGACAUAUUAAAAGAAGAAAUAAAGUGUUUAAGUAAGGCAUUAGGCCACUCUGUUCAAGCAGGAGCUCUGUCAUUGAUUCUCAAGGUCUCUGGAACAUAAUCAUGAGUACCAACUAAUAAAUCAGUCUAAAAUCUGACUCAAACAGAGACUUUUUAAGCAAAUCCUGACUUGAAAUUUAUCAGCAAAUUCUGCAACAGCAAAGAUUGUAGUAGAAGUAUCAUUUUUUAUGGGAAAAAAGGUCUUUAAAACUUUUAUGAGCCAAAGUUAGCCUUUUAACCAUUUUAAAUAGGUUUAAUACUGGUAAUUCUAUAUAUGUAGUUCCUGUGCACUGGUAACCAUUCAAAUUUGAGUUAAUUAACUUAAGCUUUAAAAAUUCUUUCAUAAUUUUUAUUUGGAGUUGUCUGCUUCUCAUUCAUUUUCAGUA